UUGUCUCUAUUUUAUUAUUACCACCCCUUUCAGUUUUCGGGCAUCCUCACUUCACUUCACAGCCACCUUCCUCCAUCUCCAUUUUCUUCGAACCAUGGCUCGCAAAAACGACGCCGUUUUAUCCACCGAACCAGAACAAGCCCUUAACAACAACACCGAACUCAAAUCCUCCAAGAAGAAGACCAAAAAGAACAAACACGAAGAAACCACUCCCAAAAGAAAGCACCAAGACGAAACCAAUCUUCAAAACGACACCGAAUCAGAGAAGAAAAGUAAGAAGAAGAAAAAGCAUAACAAAUCAGAGGAAAAUAACGACGCUGGUGGUGUGUCGGUUUCUGCGUCGGAUGAACCGAUUGUGGUGACAGGGAAGAAUGCCGGAGAUGAGAAAUACACGCCGGUUAAGAGGUUUGAGGAUUCGGGGCUACCGGAGAAUGUGCUUGAGUGUUGUAAGGGUUUUGAGAAACCUUCUCCGAUUCAAUCACGUGCUUGGCCGUUUUUGUUGGAUGGUCGUGAUUUGAUUGGAAUUGCGGCUACUGGGUCAGGGAAGACACUUGCUUUUGGAAUACCAGCUAUUAUGCAUGUUAUGAAUAAGCGGAAGAGUAAGGGUUCGUCCAAGGGUCGGAAUCCUCUUUGCCUUAUGCUCUCUCCUACGAGAGAGCUAGCUCAACAAAUAUCAGAUGUAUUGUGUGAUGCUGGUAAAUCUUGUGGCGUGGAAUCAGUUUGUUUGUAUGGUGGAACCCCCAAAGGAGCACAAAUCUCUGCACUAAAAUCUGGCAUUGAUAUUGUCAUUGGAACCCCCGGUCGUAUUCAAGAUCUGGUUGAAAUGGGUAUCUGUCGCCUACAAGAAGUAUCUUUUGUGGUCCUUGAUGAAGCAGAUCGGAUGCUUGACAUGGGUUUUGAACAAAUAGUCCGUUCUAUACUUGGUCAGACAUGUUCUGCUCGUCAAAUGGUUAUGUUCAGUGCCACAUGGCCGUUAGCAGUUCAUCACUUGGCUCAGGAAUUUAUGGAUCCCAACCCUGUAAAAGUUGUUGUAGGCUCAGAGGAUUUAUCUGCCAAUCAUGAUGUCAUGCAAAUAGUUGAGGUAUUGGAUGAGCGUUUACGUGAUAAGCGCCUGCUUGCUUUACUAGAAAAAUACCACAAAUCUCAAAAGAAUCGAGUACUUGUUUUUGUUUUGUACAAAUGGGAAACCACACGGGUGGAGAAAAUGCUUCAACAAGGGGGUUGGAAAGCAGUGUCAAUAAGUGGUGACAAAUCACAGCAUGAGCGCACAAAGGCACUAUCAUUAUUCAAGAAUGGAAGCUGUCCUUUGAUGAUUGCUACUGAUGUGGCGGCACGAGGAUUAGAUAUUCCAGAUGUUGAAGUAGUGAUCAACUUUAGUUUUCCUCUAACUCUAGAAGAUUAUGUUCAUAGAAUUGGGCGGACUGGACGAGCUGGUAAGAAAGGUGUUGCCCAUACAUUCUUCACACAUCUGAAUAAGGGACUUGCUGGGGAGCUUGUGAACGUUUUGAGAGAAGCAGGACAAGUUGUUCCAGACGAUCUUUUGAAAUUUGGCACACAUGUUAAGAAAAAGGAGUCCAAGCUUUAUGGGGCUCACUUCAAGGAAAUUCCUGUUGAUGCUCCAAAGUCUAAAAAAAUAACAUUUGACAACUCUGACGAUGAAGACUAAAUGCUGGUGACUUACAUUUAUUUUUGGUUGGAUGAAUAUGUGAAAGCGGUUAUUUAUUGUUUUUUUUUUUGUCUCAUUAUUUAUUUCUUCAAAAAGGAAAUAAGAUAAUGGUUGAAGUUAAAAGUAGAUUAGCUAUUCCAUUUUUGUUGUACCAUGUAUCGGUUUGUAUUGGGAGCUUUUAUUCUUGUUCCUGCAACUCAAGUUGAUAAUCGAGUUAUCAUAUAUCUUUAGCCCCUAUGUAUGAUUUUAAGUUUUCAAAAACAUUUGAGGUUUUGUAGUUUUGA